UUCCGUGUUUCAGACACGAGGUGUCAGCCUUGGGCAGAGGGGAAAUCGCCGUGGGGCUGGCAAAAGAGGAAGUUUGGCAAAUUGUCAGGCCCGCAUGCUCUGCUCGUGCCUUUUAACAGCAUCACUUAUCUAAUGUCAAGAUGUUUUUUCCCGUGUUUGUGAACCCCAAGGCUUGUUUUGCUGCCAAAGAAGGGCAUCAGAUGAGUUUGACACGGCUUGUUCUUGACUCAUUUUGUCUGAUUUGUAGCAAUUUCUUGCCUUCUAUGCCCUUACAAAUAUAUAUUUUUUUUCAGAAUCUCUCUUGAAGUUAGUCUAAUGACUAAUAUUUGUGUGAUGGGAAGUGCAGGGUGAAUUUGGGGUGAAUCUGGGAAGAGCUAACUUGUCUAAGCUCACGUGCUCUUGGUAACCACUUCUUGUUCUGUCCAUAAUGUUUUAUUUUCCUUCAGGAAAGUGCUAAGAGAAUUAGACUAAUGAAUGCAUCAUCAAAUGAUAAUGCGUCUGCUUUCUAUGGAAUAAAUCAGUUUUCUCACCUGUUCCCUGAGGAGUUCAAAGCUAUUUACUUAAGAAGCAUACCUCACAAACUUCCCAGAUACAUAAAAGUGCCAAAGGGGAAGGAAAAGCCUUUGCCAAAGAAGUUUGACUGGAGGGACAAGAAAGUCAUUGCAGAAGUGAGAAAUCAGCAAACAUGUGGAGGCUGCUGGGCUUUCAGUGUUGUGGGUGGUAUAGAGUCUGCCUAUGCAAUUAAAGGAAAUAAUCUUGAAGAACUCAGUGUACAGCAGGUUAUUGACUGUUCCUACAAUAAUUAUGGCUGCAGCGGUGGAUCCACUAUAAGUGCUCUGAGCUGGCUGAAUCAGACUAAAGUAAAGGUGGUGAGAGAUUCAGAAUACAGUUUUAAAGCUCAGACAGGAUUGUGCCAUUAUUUUCAUCGCUCGGAUUUUGGAGUUUCAAUAACAGGAUUUGCUGCAUAUGACUUCAGUGGCCAGGAGGAGGAAAUGCUGCGGAUGCUGGUGGAGAGGGGCCCUUUGGCGGUGACGGUGGAUGCAGUGAGCUGGCAGGAUUAUCUUGGGGGAAUCAUCCAGUACCACUGCUCCAGCGGGAAAGCAAAUCAUGCUGUGCUCAUCACUGGUUUUGACAGAACAGGUAGCAUCCCAUACUGGAUUGUGCAGAACUCAUGGGGGCCAACAUGGGGAAUAGAUGGUUAUGUUCGUGUUAAGAUAGGCAGCAAUGUCUGUGGUAUAGCGGAUACAGUUGCAUCAGUGUUUGUUUGAUAUUCAUUGGCCACAGCAUACAAUUAUUACUUGGUUAAUAGUUUGGUGUAUACUGCAUGUGAAGACUACUUCAAAGCAACAUUUCUUAACCACAAAAAUAAUGUCCUCAGACAUGGCUUGACCAGGGUUUUUAAAAAUAUUUGCAUUUCAAAUAUGUGCUGCAUAUCAGAUCUCACCUGGAAGGAGAGAGGACUGAGUGUUGAUAUUGACUGCAGAGUGAGGAAAAAGGAAGUCACAAAAAUAGACUGAAACUGUAAAUUUAAAACACUCUCCCAGUGGUGUUGAAUCCUAGAAAAAUCCACUCCAUAAGAAGUCUUCUGACAAGGAAGGUAGUGAUGACAUGAUAAGGAUUCUGAAGCAAGAAAUCAGUKGUGUGACAGAGGCUACCUGAAAUGUACUGCACGUGAGAAGAACSAGGAUUAAGCCUGUUCUUAUUCUGGGGAGGAAAGGUUAGAAGAAAAUAUUAUGUUGGGUGUUUUAUUAUUAUGUCUGUGCUUCUCUAGCACCUCAGACAUAUGUUUUGUCCUCCUUUUUGUAGAAUACUAUUUUUUUUCCUCCUCCUCUAAAAGUAGAGGAAUAAAAAAGGGAGCUGUAGAGUCAUAAAGUUGUUUCCAGAGCAACCAGUGUCCCUAUUGCUGCUGUCCUUCCAUUUCAGUCUUUGACCUUUCUUGGGUAAAUAUAACGUGUAUGCUCUUCAGAGCAGGGCAGAGGUGCCUGAGUUUUCUAAACUGGUUUGUAAGAUGCAUAGAAAAGCAAGAAGCAACUGCUCACAAGGCUGUAUGGAGACAAACAGCAGCUUGUGGCUUGACACAAAGGUAUUUCACAGGUCCUAACAGGACAGAUGUUCUGGGCUCCGAGAGCUUUGUCAGGUUCCUCAYUUCUCUCUCCUCUACUUCAUGCCAACACUGAAGCCACUUGUCAAGUGGCAGUUCAGAAAUUUAUUGUAGAAAAAGAAGGAAGAGGAGGAACGGAGCUGUUAAUGUCUGUUUACCACCUUUGGAAAGGCAGAAGUCAUGAACUACUCCA